AUGACCAUAAUCACUCACUACGGAGGCCAUUCAGCUCAGUCAGACAUUCCCUUCAAUACUGCUGAAACUCCUGCAUCCAUCUAUGCUUCUCUUCCAGGCACCAAAAACAGCAAAGCAGAGACGCCUAGCUUUCCUUACUGGGACACACUCCUUGGUGGAUCGCUCCACGAAAGCGAUACAGAGGCUACAUUCCAGCAGCUGCUGCCAACCACAACCACCACGCAAAUCAUGGGUUGGAAAUCGCAGAAGCCUUUACCCGGGGUUGUGCCUGAUACCCGCGAAAUCAGCACCAUGCUACAGAGGCAGCCACAAACCAAUAUUGCAGUCAAGGAGAAAGUGGUCAUGUUGGCCUCCAAUGACUGGCCGGUCAACAAUGGGACACCCCUCUCAUAA